UCAUGGCCCAUUACCAUUAGGCAUUAGCUUAGCCAUCAGCCAUGUCGUCAAGUCUUGACAGACCAGGCAACGUCAACAAAAGUGUCUUCUUUAUAAUCUUAUUAUCAUGGAAUGGAAACUACUACUGUAGUAUCUCUUUGAAUCUUUCCUCUCCCCUCUUCUUUCUCUAGGGUAACCGACUCUCUUCCUCUUUCUCUUGAAAAAUCUAUCUUUUUACAUUCAAGUUCAUGAAUAAUAUUGAUUAUAAAAUUUCUCAGCCAUGGGAAACACUGGAUCAGCAUAUGAUGAAGAUGAUUUGGUACAUCAACCACGGUCUUAUGCUGGAGGUUUGACCGAUUAUGGUCAUCAGCCUCCCUCUUAUGCUGGAAGUUCAACCGAUUAUGGUCAUCGGCCACGGCCUUACUCGGGAAGUUCCAUGGAUCCUGGUCAUCAACCACGGUCAUAUACAGGAAGUUCAAUAAGUCAUGGCCCUCCGGUGCCAUCAUAUGCAGGAAGUUCGACAGAACAUAAUUAUCAACAUCCAAUGCAUCCUAAACGUAUAGCUGACAUUUUCAGCUCUUUGGAUCAGGUUAUUUGUGCACUACGAGAAGCUGGGCUUGAGUCAUCUAAUUUAAUACUAGGUAUUGACUUCACAAAGAGCAAUGAGUGGACAGGCAGGCAUUCGUUUAACAGGAAAAGCCUCCAUGCCAUUGGUAUCACCCCAAAUCCAUAUGAACAAGCAAUCUCUAUAAUUGGUCGUACUCUGUCUCCUUUUGAUGAAGAUAAUUUGAUACCCUGUUUCGGAUUUGGUGAUGCAACAACACAUGACAAAUAUGUAUUCAGCUUUUAUCCUAAUCAACAGUAUUGUCAUGGUUUUGAAGAAGCUCUUGCUCGUUAUAGAGAGAUUGUUCCACUUUUGAAGUUGUCAGGUCCAACCUCAUUUGCACCGAUUAUUGAUGCUGCAAUUAACAUUGUGGAGGCAAGCAACAGGCAGUAUCAUGUGCUUGUCAUUAUUGCUGAUGGACAGGUUACGAGGAAUCCUGAUACACCAACUGGAAGUUUCAGUCCACAGGAACAGGAAACUAUAAACUCCAUCGUCGCUGCUAGCCACCAUCCUCUCUCGAUUAUUUUGGUUGGGGUGGGAGAUGGACCAUGGGACUCAAUGAAACAAUUUGAUGAUAGCAUUCCUCAUCGCUCCUUUGACAACUUCCAGUUCGUCAACUUCACAAAAAUAAUGUCCGAGAACACAGACAUAUCAAAGAAGGAAACAGCCUUUGCACUUGCGGCUCUCAUGGAAAUUCCACUUCAGUACAAAGCCACGCUAAGCCUUCCUCCUGUCAAUGAAGAUUUUGUCACUGAUCCACGCACGAGGUCGCUUCCACCUCCACGUGAAGUGAUUGAUCAUGAUAAUGCAGUUAUGUUCGUUCCUCCCAUGCCUAACUCUGAUACAGUAGGGCCAACAGCACCAGCAGAACCAGUAUGCCCCAUUUGCUUGACAAAUCCGAAGGACAUGGCUUUUGGUUGUGGUCAUACGACUUGCAAGGAUUGCGGCGCUACAUUAUCAACAUGCCCAAUGUGCAGGCAACAAAUAACAUCACGCUUGAGGUUGUAUACUUGACCAGGAGUUACUUCCUCGAUUUUCAAAAAUUAAUGUAUCAUUGAGAUUUUACAUUAAGCAUACUAUCUAUAGGAGGUUGACCAGCACUUUCGUGUGAAUCCUGUAUAUAUGCCGAUGUUUUGGGUUGCAUAAUCUGUACAAAUUAGUAUUAUAUUAUUAACGAGGUUUUUUGGUGUCGGAAUCGAACAUUAUUUUGCAAUAUGUAUAAUUUUCAAAACAUA